AUGAGCUCACUAAGCUACUCCCCUCCUGCUAAAGAAGAGGAUGUCUGCUGGUCGGAGAAAGAAGCUCUGGGACUGAACAUUGUCGUAAAAGAAGAAGAGGAGAAUAUUACAGUAGAGGAGGCUCUCACGUUGAAAGAAGAGGAAGAUGUCACGUUGAAAGAAGAGAAGGAACAUUUUGGAGUGGAAGAGGAGGCUAUCACGUUGAAAGAAGAGGAAGAUGUCACUUUGAAAGAAGAGAAGGAACAUUUUGGAGUGGAAGAGGAGGCUAUCUCAAUAAAAGAGGAAGACAAUACUCUGUCUUUGGCAGGAGAGAGAACAGACUCUCACUCUGACAACAAGAAGAGUCCUUUAGGGGAACCAGAGCCAGAGACGCCCAAACCAGCAGGACCACACCACUGCUCUCAAUGUGGAAACAGUUUUUCUACAUUAGGGAAUCUAAAACGUCAUGAGAUGGCACACACAGGAGAGAAGCCUUUCCAAUGUUCCCAGUGUGAUAAGAGUUUUACCCAGAUAGGGAGCCUGAAAAGGCAUGAAGGAAUACAUAAAGAAGGGAGGAAGACCUACCACUGCUCUCAGUGUGGAAAGAGAUUUACUCAGUUAGGUAGCCUGAAAACACACAAGACUGUACACACAGGAGAGAAGCCUUUCCAAUGUUCCCAGUGUGAUCAGAGUUUUACCCAGAUAGGAAACCUGAAUAGGCAUGAAGGAAUACACACUGGAGAAAAGCCCUACCAAUGCUCCAAGUGUGAAAAGAGAUUUUUGCGAUCACAGUACCUAAAAUCACAUGAGAUGACACACACAGAGGAAAAGUCUUUCCACUGCUCCCACUGUGGAAAGAGCUUUACUCAGUUACGGAGCCUGAAAAGACACAAGAGGACACACACAUGUGAAAAGCCCUACCACUGAUCCCACUGUGGAAAUUGUUUUACUCAGUUACGGAGCCUGAAAAGACAUAAGAGGGCACACUCUGGAGGAGAAGACAUACCACUGCUCUCAUUGUGGAAAGAUAUUUUCCCAGUCAGAGGAACCAGAAGUCACAUGAGAGAAUAGAGAGGCUGUGUUCUGACUUAGUGUUUUUGACUGAGAAUUUGUGUUUUUGGUUAUGCCACAUUAAAUCAUAUUGUUUAUAAUAAAUCAGAGUCUAUUCCCUUAUGCAAUUUAUGUUCCUCCAACUCCCCUGAGUGCCUCUGUAAAUUCAACAGCUAUUGUAUGCAGCAAUCAUGUGCCUAUAAACCAGAAUUAUACUAUUAACAUUGAGACGGUUUGCCCUCAUAAGAAGUCCACUGUGUGCAUAUCACCCUGCACUAACAUUAAUAACAUGAGCAUGUCUACUUCCCAAAUCAAAUUUUAUUUGUCACAUACACGUGUUUAGCAGAUGUUAUUGCGGGUGUAGCGAAAUGCUUGUAACAAAAAUCGAAUCUGAGACAAGUGCUACAAAUAGUCCACGUUAACACAUGUAGCCUUAGAAACAAGGUUCAUG